CACAUGUUGACCUGCCCCCGGUCCAGUGAUGCACAGGAAGCCUCUCCUACAGUAGAGGUAAACACGCGUGGGUACUGUGGGUGAUAAUAUACAGUUUAAUGGGAAAGUGUAUAUUAAGAAAUCUAACGUGUAAUGUAACUUCAUUUUGAAUACAGUUUACACCCUGUGUGUUCACAUAGGGAUAUGGUAAUGGGUAGAGUUGGGGGGUGGGGGAUAUUGACAUAAUAAAAACCUAACAAAAGAUUACAUUUGCAACGUAUAUCUAUUUUACUGCUGUCAGUCUGCUAAGCUACAGCCAAUUACGAAGUGCUCAAUAGUAUAAUUAUUUGGUUAUUUCAGAUCAUUCAAAACUGAUAUCAUAUUGAUUUGAUGGGAGCUGAGAAAUUGCCAGGAAGCUCUUUUACACAUAUGUGCAAAAAAGACACACAGGGUUUGACAGUAAGCUUGCACCCUAAGAUCAAAUAAUAUUUCGAUUUGAAAGCCACAGGUGAAUUGUAUAUUUAUAUGCUUCAGAGCAUUCUUUCAUGUUUGUGUUGCUUGAUAUCACUGCCUUUUAUUAUAUAAUUCUGUGAUUUUAAUUAUAAUACUAACCAAAAAAAAAAAGUAAUUUAUUUUGCACACCUAGAUUGUGGAAAUUAAUUCUGAAUACACAGGCAGGAAUUAUUUGCACUGAAUUCAGCUUCUCUUUCUCUAAUAGCUAUUGGAAAUUAACUGCUAGGGAAAAAAACUGACCGGUCAUUUGCGUCAGAACAAUUUUAUUCAUCCCAGGUACAGUGAGCACACCUGGUACAGAAACAUGCUUUAAUCUUAAUGUGCGUGAAUAUCCUGGCCAUAUCCACUAAUUAUUGACAUGUUUUUUCUAGAUAUAUACAAUCUUACAAUGCAUUUCACCCUUCAUUCAGGACUGCCAAAUUACAUACCACAAAUUAAAAUAAAAAGGAUGAUUGCAAAUAAAAAUGUUUCUAUUUUUUUUUAUUUAUUUUUUAAAUUCUGUAAAAAAAACUGCAUUUUGACAGUGGGUAUUUUGGUAUACACCAUAAGCAAUAAGUCUAUGCAUACAUUAAAGGUUUUUUUUUUUCUACAGGAUCCAAGCUUUCUUCCAGCCUGGAGAAGGAGUGAUGGCCCACAUCUCAAUCAAUCAGUAUUUACAGCUGGUACUGUGUUUUAUGUAAUUAAGUUAGCACAGCACAACAAUGCAUGUUUGCAGAAUAAGUGAAAAAUAUGAGAAGCUUCUAGUUCAGUCCUUGGUAGAGAGUGAGAUUUGUGCAGCUUUUAGUGCAUUUUAUAUUGAACCUAUUUCUCUAAGAGCUGACACCAAUCAUUCUGCUCCUGCCACUACCCAUUUGCUUAGUCUGUAAAUACGAAAGAAGCAGAGUAGAAGCUAUACCUGCCAGUCUAGAUCAGCAGCAAAUUUAACAUGAGCAUUUUUAAGACAAAGACAUUCCUAAAAACUAUUUUUUAUUUAUCUAUUGCAUUUAUACAGUUAAUAUAACCUGCAAAGUAUUUCACGUGGGUAAAAAACUUGAGGUACAUGAUACUUGUGAAAGCUGCGAUUGUCUGGUUGGUUCACAUACCAAUUUAUUUUGUUUUGGAAUUUGUUUUCUUGCAUAUCUAGGUUGAAAAUAACACCCAUAAUUUUUUGAGAAUUCUCAAAAAAAAACAUACAUAUGUGUAGUAAAUGUGACACAAAUUGUUCAUUGCUCCUGCAUUUCUUUUUGCAUUGGUCAGUCACAACGUUAAAACCACUGACAGGUGAAGUGAAUAACAUUGAUUAUAUUGUUACAAUGGCUCCUGUAAAGGAACGGGCAGUAAGUGAACAGUCAGUUCUUGAAUUAUAUGUGUUGGAAGCAGGAAAAAUGGACAAGAGAAAAGAUCUGAGUGACUUUGACAGAAGACGAUUGGGUCAGAGCAUAUCCAAAAUUGCAUUUCUUGUGUGGUGUUCCUGGUAUACAGUAGUUAUUUCCUACUAAAAGUGGUGCAAGGAAGUGGAACCGGCAUCAUUGUCAUGGGCUUCCAAGGUGCAUUAUUCAAUGUGGAGAGUGAAGGUCUAAUCACACAGAAGAGCUAUCGUAGCUUAAAUUGCUGAGAAACUUAAUGUUGGCUAUGAUAGAAAGGUGUCAGAAUACACAGUGCAUUGCAGUUUGCUACGUAUGGUGCUGUGUUGUGGUAGUCUUUUCAAAGUGCCCAUGAUGACCCCUAUUCACCACUGAAAGUGCCUUCAAUGGGGAUAUUAGCAUCAGAACUGGACCAUGGAGCAAUGCAAGAAGGUUGCCUAGCUUGACGAAUCUCAUUUUCUUUUAGAACAGGUGGAUGGCUGGGUUCAUGUGCGUCCUUUACCUAGGAAAGAAAUGACAACAGGAUGCACAAUGUACCACCUACCUAUAGGUUGUUGCAGAACAUGUACACCCCUUCAUGGUGUGACCUGAAGGCAGUGGAUUCAUUCAGCAGAGUGAUGCACCCUGCCACACUGCAAAAAAAAAUUCAGGCUGAGUUUGAGGAAUAUGACAAAGAGUUGAAGGUGUUUCCUUGGCCUUCAAAUCCCCAAAUUCUCAAUCAGAUUGAGAAUCUCUUGGAUGUGCUGGAACAACAAAUCCAAUCCAUGGAGCCCCCACCUCGUAACUUGUGGAACUUAGAAGGAUCUGCUCCUAAUGUCUUGGUUCCAGAUACCACACGGCAUAUUCAGAAAUCUUGUGGAGUCUGUGCCUCAAUGCAUCAGAGCUGUUUUGGCAGCAAGAGGCGGACCUACAUAAUAUCAGGUAGUUGGUUUUAAUGUUGUGGCUAAUCAGUUUAGGUAUACAAUUAAUAGGAAAUCUAAUUCAACACAAUGAAAGAUCAGAGAGAAAAUCGAUUAAGCCCCUUAACAAAUGUCAUUCAACGGCAUUCUGUUCAGAAAAACAAUCUUAUGUAUAGUUCUAUUUUGAAUAGCUGAUUAAAAUAACUUUAUACUGUAUACACACAUAAGUAGUGUCAGUAACUAUUUUUUGUUUAUUUUACUGGGCUGAUGUAGGUGCAAGAAGCAAUAGAUUCAAAAAAUGGAUUUGAUUGUGGAGACCUUGUUUCAUUCAGACAUCCUCAUGUUGCAAAUCCUAAACUACAGGUAUGAAAAGCUAAUUAUGAUUAUUGCAAGUGCAUAAUUUUACAUGUUCUUUGUUAUAUAACUUAAAAGGUUACUCCAAUCAAAAAACAGUGUUUUAAAGGACCACUCUAGGCACCCAGACCACUUCAGCUUAAUGAAGUGGUCUGGGUGCCAGGUCCCUCUUGGAUUAACCCUUUUUUUUUUUUUAUAAACAUAGCCGUUUCAGAGAAACGGCUAUGUUUAUAAAUGGGUUAAUCCAGCCUCUGAAGCCUCUAGUGGCUGGAAAAAAAGGUAAGAUUUAACCCUUUCCUUUCCCCAGAGCCCGGGGGAGGGGACCCUGAGGGUGAGAGCACCUGCAGGGCACUAGAGUGCCAGGAAAACGAGUAUGUUUCUGCAGGCUUUUUAAUGUAAAUACUGUAGCAAUGUCAUUCAGUGACUCCACGCUCUGCAUUGAGGUUUUAGAUGUUUCUUAUAGAGAUGCAUUGAUUCAGUUUAUUGGCAAAAUUCUGGCAAUCACAAAAACUUGGGUACAUGACUCGCAGGGGAGAGAAAAUAAAAUGUGUAAUUUGUCUUUUGUCAAAUGUCUUUUGCGAAUAAAAAUCUGAUUUAUAAAAAUAAAUAAAUAGAAAAAGCCACAUUGGUGUAGAGCCUUAUGUUGUGUGAUGGGACAUCACAGUGCAAUAGAUAUUUGUUUAUAACACAAUUUGUCUUCUGUAUCAUGCAGUCUUUGCUAUAGAACAUGUAUAGGGGUUUAUUUGUGCCUUAAUAGUUAAUGUCUCUCAUAGUUUCCUUUUUUUUUUUUUUUUACUUGUUCUGUUUGUUAGCUAUCUGCACCAGAGGAGAAGUGCCAGCAGGUGUUGGAACCCCCUUAUGAUGAAAUGUUCGCAGCUCACUUAAGGUAAAUAUGUUUUUAAAAUAGUAUUGUUAUAAAUACUUUGACUGUGUUUGUAGAAGGGAUACAUAGUUAAUGUAAUUUGAAUGGUGGAAAUAAUUUUGAAUUUAAUGCAUGUAUGCCCUUCGAUGUGUUUAAAGCGGAAGAUUGUUCACAGUCACACAGCUUCUAAAUUAAAAGUGUAGUACUACUGAAAACUUUAAACAAACCAGCUCAUUCAAACAAUUGCACAGGAGCAUGAGAAGUUAUGAGCUUUGUCAUGAAAAGCUAUAAUCAAGCACAUUUAGGUUGGGUAUGGUACAAAUCACAUGAAGGUGCGUAGAUUAAUCUAAAUUACCAUUUAAAUUUUAUUUAUAGCUUGUUCCUCAAAGAAGUUAUUAUGCUUUUCUAUAUAACUAGACUUCAUAUUGCAGAGUUUAAUCUUGGAGAUGCUCUGCUUGGUGGAAGGCUUUGUAGACAGAAAUGUUUAUUUAGGUAGUGCAGUAAGGUACUGCUUUCUGAGUUUCCGUUUCGGCACUCGUGUAUUGCACAGGGAGCCUGUUUGCGCACAAGAAAAUGUAUUGGUAUAGGCAAUUUGUUAAUCUGUUAGUCUAUUUUCUCACACAUUUGGGAUUAAGCACGUCAAGAAAGUAAUUUAAAAAAAAAAAAAAGUUUUAAAAGUGUAGCCAUUAACAGGACUGUGUAGUUGGUAUCCAUGGUUUGUGCUUUAUUUUUACACCAUUGCACACCAUUGUUUCACAUACGAAAACAAUAUAUACUUCUAAAGUACACCUUAAUUCAACGUGGGAGGCAUGCUGCAGCAUUUUAUCACAAUGUGCCAUUCAUAGGAACACUUCAAGCACCAUAAGACACAAAAAUAAGUAAUCUUUCAACAUAAAUAAAUGUUAAUUAUGUCUAAUUUAGUGUUACAGUUGAAUACAUGAUUAAUUCCAUUAUAACCAUGUGAUUUAUUUUUUCUUUUCAAGGUGCACUUAUGCUGUCUCCAAUCAUGAUUUUAUUGAAGCAUACAAAUGCCAGACCGUUGUGGUUCAAUAUCCUUUUCUGUGUACAAACUGGAUACCAAAUCAAUAUUAAAUAUAAGUUACCUUGAUGGGAAAAUUAUACUUACUGUGCUAGAUUAAAGCUUUAGUUCAGUCUGUGCUUGUCUCUUAAAGGACAUAUUGAGGAAGAAAAUGUAAACUGCUAGCCAGAUAAAAUUGUGAAUUAUUUGCAUUACUAUGCAUUUAUUAUAUUAUUAUCAUUAGUUAUAUUUUUCACAUGCUUAUGCUUGGAGCUUCAUGGUGACAAAUUGUGGCAUGUCAAAGUUAUUAUAGGGACAAUGUUUAUUUAUAACAAUGGAGUGUUGUUACCUGUACUGUGUCUCAAUUUCCUCAUUGUAACUGUAAAGAUAAAGUAGAUACUUGCUUCUAAUCCAGCAGUGGCUCCACUCCAUCUCUGAGACAUUAUCAAUAGUGAUGAUCUCCCGGCCAAGCCAAUGGGAGGCUAGGUGCAUGCAUAGCAAUGCUCCUCAUAUGAGUAGCUAGCCACAAAGCAGUUAGAAAGUGCAUCAUCUUUGCUGUCUGACAUCCAAAGGCUUGAUAAAAGUGCAGAUUUCUCUUAAAAUCUUCAUGUUUCUAAAUAAGUUUUCUUAUAUCCUUUGUAUUUUAAUCAUUAUACUGGCCUUAAUUUUAUUAAUUUUAUUUUUUUCCUUAUGCCAGUACCUGGGUGUUUAAAUUUUCUUCUGCUCAGUCCAUACUGUCUGCUGUUUGCCCUUUGACUGAUGGAUUGUGGAUAAAUUAACUUAGCAACUGAAAUGGAACUUUAUUUACAAUCUGCCAAUUGCAAAAAUCAUGCUUCCCAUAAAAAGUAGGUGAAUUUAAAGAACCACUCCGCACCCAUAAAGCACUUCCGGUGGCUCCCAGAUUCAAAGCAAAUUUGUUAUGCCCUGCUCUAAAUUUCGAGUUAACAAAAUAUACCUCCUUUCCUUCAUAUUAACAUUAUGAUCCAGCCAUCUAGUCAUUUCAAGAACUGUUUGUACAUUACAAAACCUUUACAGCAGUUCCCUAAAGAUAACUUUUGACUACUGAAAUUUGGUGCACAUUAACUGGCUGGUAAAAUAAAUCAUAGUUUAAAGCUCCAGCUACAGUGUGUUAGAGUUGCAAGUUCGAUUCGUGACAUGUUCAAUACCAAAGCCUUUCAAUCAUUUGAAGUUCAUAAAAUGAGAACUAUUAAAUGAAAACGGGAGAAAAAUAAAGAAAUGCUAAAUAUUACAGUUGGAGGAAAUGUUAUAUUUAUUUAUAUUUCCUUAUCGCAACACAUCAUUUUUGAAAACAUUCCAGGCUCAUAAAGAAGAAAAUUGGUGAGUGCCACACAAAUGGAACCUUUAUACAGCAUGUAAGAACAUGUAUAAGGCAGUUCUACUCUUCCUCCUGUUUUUAACCGUUGUAUUCUUCUUUUUGUAUGAUGUUUCAGGGCCCUGCCUGUAAUGUAUGCAAUCACACUUGACUUGCGGAUCUUUGCUAACAGUGUAAGUAAUGUAGCAAAACGUAACUUUGUAUUCUAAAACAUGCAAUUGAAAAGGUACAUGUGACAUUUAACUUUAUUAUCGUUAAUGACCACAGUUGACAUAGGCAGAAUUUUAAUAUUAUUUGUUAUUUAUGAAUUCACCUGGAAUGUACUUUAACAACAAUUUUACUAGUGUGUGUGAUGUACUUAAUUUUACCUUAAAGUGUACCUGUCACGGUGCCCAAACAUGAAUGUUAAAUGAUAUUGCAUCUUAUUUCAGCUAUCUGUUGUACUAGCAAAUGUAUAGUUUAAAAAAAAAUAUAUAUAUAUAUUUUUUAAGGAACACUUCAAGCACUAUAACCACUUUGCACAUUGAGUGGAUUAUGUUGCAAGCUAUGCUCUCUGCCUCCCUCCCUGUCUUUGCCUAAGGGGAUGUUGCUAUAACUUAAAGGAACACUAUAGUCACCUAAAUUACUUUAGCUAAAUAAAGCAGUUUUAGUGUAUGGAUCAUUCCCCUGCAAUUUCACUGCUCAAUACACUGUCAUUUAGGAGUUAAAUCACUUUGUUUCUGUUUAUGCAGCCCUAGCCACACCCCCCCAGCUAUGAUUGACAGAGCCUGCAUGAAAAAAAAAACUGGUUUCACUUUCAAACAGAUUUAAUUUACCUUAAAUAAUUGUAUCUCAAUCUCUAAAUUGAACUUUAAUCACAUACAGGGGGCUCUUGCAGGGUCUAGCAAGCUAUUAACAUAGCAGGGGAUAAGAAAAUCUUAAUUAAACAGAACAAAAUAGGGCUCUCUUUACAGGAAGUGUUUAUGGAAGGCUGUGCAAGUCACAUGCAGGGAGGUUUGACUAGGGUUCAUAAACAAAGGGAUUUAACUCCUAAAUGGCAGAGGAUUGAGCAGUGAGGCUGCAGGGGCAUGUUCUAUACACCAAAACUGCUUCAUUAAAUGGACUGGAUCUGCUUCAUCUCAUUAAACUGGUUAUAGUGUAUGGAGUCCCCUGGUGCCAUCAUUUCUUUCAGCAUGAAACAGUUUUUAAUGUUGUAAUGUUUUAAUGCUAAACAAGAGAGCAUGGCAGUCCAUCCCCUCUGUGCUGCUUUGGCUAAUAAGGAAUUAUUACCCUGGGCAGCUGUGAUUGGCUGAGAGCGUCAGCUGACUGCUUUUAACCUGUCAGAGCUCCAACUGACGGUAUGAAUAGGUAUGACAACAAGGAAGUGUGUAAUAUCUGCCUUAGCUACACAUACAGAAGGGGCCGGACUUUGGGUGACCAGGGACUCUUAUUUUGUUGCAUACUGCACAAACAUGGUGCAACACUGAAUGGAGGGACAGUGCCAGGGCACUCCAGGCACUAUAACCAAUUCAAAGAGACAAAGUAGUUAUAGUGACUACAGUGUCCUUUUAAGCUAAAGUUGUUCAGGUGACUAUAGUGUCCCUUUAAAGUGAACCUAUAAUAAAAGAAAAUAGGGUUACGUGUUGGUGGGAGUAUGCAAUACCUUUAGUGUGACAUUUAUGGGGGUAUGGCGCUUUCAGUAGAAAACCAGAAUGGUAUAUCCAAUGUGUUUAACACUAUUUCAUUUCUCUCUAUAGGCUGAUCAGCAGCUUACUAAGAAAGGGAAAGGCAAACUUGGGGAUAUGCUGGAGAAAGCUGCAGAGCUUUUGAUGAGUUGCUUCAGAGUAUGUGCCAGUGAUACGUGAGUUUUGUUUUUGUUUGGUGUUAUUUUUUCUUUUCUUUCAGUAAUAUUUGAUGCCAUGCACAGUUGAAUGAAUUAUGCUGUGAUGUUGUACAUAAAAAACAUUCCUGGUAUUAUGUAUAGUUCAUAUACUGCAAAAAAUGUAAUCAGGUAAAUAUGUUGUUUUCUCUUGAAUUCAAAAUGAAUAGCAACAUUUAGAAUCUGAAUGCUGGGCAUGGUUUUGUAUUGUUUUAUGGGAUCCUAAUGUGCACACCAAUUUUCUGACUGGCAAUUCUUUUAUUUCCUAAUCUUUAACCAUUUACCCUAUUACUCCAAUACCACACUGUUUCCAAAGCCUUAUUGUACUAUUUAUUUCCUAACCUUUCACUCAGCUCCUAAUGUUUAUGUAAAAUGUUAAUUAUUAUAAUUAGUAUUUAUCUAGUGCCAACCUAUUCUUCAGCACUUUACACAUGUUGCCCAUCUAUGCCAUGCUGCCUUGUUAGCUUCAUGCUUGCUGCCAAACUUAUGGAAAUGGCCAAUUUGUUUGUGACAAUCAAUUUGGCAAGUAUUUAUUAGGGCCACAAUCAAAGUGACCACAUUCAAGUUGAUCACCACCCCAGGUGUGUUUCUUAUGCACAGCUCUGCAAAAGCAUGGAUAUCUGGAUGGAGCUGUAAUUUUCCUGCUCUUCUUGCUCUGCAGAGCAAGAAGAGCUGGAAAAUGAUCAGAGCAGCCCCACUUGUCCCCAGGGAAAGGAUCCACUUCAGCUCCCCCAAAGGUAAGGCUGGGUGGACUUAAAUAAGAAAAAAAAAAUAUAUAACAAUAAUAAUUUCUGAGUGAGUGUGAAAAUGUGUGUGUGUGUGUGUGUGUGUGUGUGUCUGUUUAGGUGACCAUCCCCCCUCCGAUCGCAUGAGAAAGGUGUUUUUACUCACCUUUUUCUCUGGUCUCGCCUCCAUGGCUGUGCAGUGGCGUCUCUAGGAUUAAUUUUUCGGGGGGGCACAUGGAGGGCCAGGGACAAAAGUAGGGGGGCACAUUUAACUCCGCCCUUGCCGCAGUUUGACCCCGCCCAUGUUGCAUGUUAAGCCACGCCCCCGACACAAUGUGUUUUGUUUUUUUAAUAAUACCUGGUGGAGGAUUCAUUAUUUUCCACCAGGGAUUAUUAAAAAAACAAACACAUUAUCCUUGAUACAGUGCCAUAGUUGCCAACAUUUAAAAAAAAUUUCCAAGGACAUUUUGCAGCACAGCUAUCAAUUACUGUCUGGGUAUAAUAUCCCUGUCAGUGCUCUCUGUAUAAUACAGGGUUGUGUGUAUAAUAAAUUGGGACACUCAGUGCUCCCUGUAUAGUGCUGCUCUCUGUAUAAUACAGGUCUGUUUGUGUAUAAUAUCCCAAAACAGAGAGCAGCACUAUACAGGGAGCACUGACUGUCCCGGGAUAUUAUACAGGCACAGGCCUGUAUUAUACAGAGAGCAGCACUAUACAGGAAGCACUGACUAUCCCGGGAUAUUAUAUGCACACAGAUCUGUAUUAUACAGAUAGCUGAGCAUAUACCCCAUGUCCCAAUCUCUAGACUACUAGUACCUAUCAACAGUGCAUUAGAGGCGCUGAAACGCGCGUUAGGUAGUCUAGUCAGGAGUUGCCACGAGUGAUAGGUUUUAGCAAGCGUUUACUAGUUCUAGGAAUUUGGGGGUACGUGAGGAGGGAAGGAGUUUUUGUUCGUUCAUGAUAUAUGAGUCUUUCUCUAUUUCGACAGUCUCCUCAAUUUAUGCUACAGUGGCUCUUUUGGUAACACUAUCCAGUUUAAUUAUCCCAUAUUAUAGGGGCUACUGCUACAAGUGCAAUUUAGUUCCUACUUGCACUAGAUAUUUUGUUAAUGUCUGCCACUGUGCAUAUUAGGAUUUUACCUUCUUUUACAGGAGUUGUCCAAAGUGACUCAGAGGAUUUCCUCUAUUUAUUUUUCCUUUUUCUCUCCUCUAUAUAUCCUACCCUAUGUAGUUACUAGCCUCCUUGUUUGAUCCCUGGUUUUGGAGGACAACAUAUGAUUUAUGGGGGGGCAAUGUGUGUAGAGAGUGUGUGAACAACCUCUCCCCCCCCCCCACCCCCCCCCACCCCAGCCUACCUGUCACUGGAGGAUAUUGCUGGGGGUCAGGUAGACAUCUUCUGCAGCAUGGUCUGCUGCUUUACGGUGGGGGCGUGGCUUAUCUGUGGUAGGCAGGGCUUCGUUUGGGGGCGGGGCCUGUGCCGGGGAGCCAAUCAGUGCUCCCUCCAGCCACAGACCACCCCCAGCACCUCUCUCCUGCAUUCCCUCGGGCACUAACAGACAGCUACAGUCCAAGGGAAGCCCAUGGCCAGCAAGUUGCCGGCAUUUGCAACAGCAUGAUGUAGGGGGGCCCAUGGGCCCCUCUGGCCCCCCCCUAGCGACGCCACUGUGGCUGUGAUAAUCAAUCUUGUUGAUCUUUGCUAAUCCAAUGCUUUCCCACAGGAAAGUAUUAAGAGGCAAACCGCAGCUCCAAUUAUCAUCUGUUCCUCUAUAGGGAACAUUCAGCACCUACAAGCAGAGCGUGGAGAUGCUGAAUGUAGGAAGCACCUCUAGUAGCAGCUUAUAUGCUACUAGAGGUGCUUCCUCAUCAGUGCUAGUAGCCUUUAGCUGAAAAGGCAUUGUUUACAUUGAAAAGUCUGCAGGUACAGCUUUGUUUGUUUAAAAAAACCUUUUCAGCUGGCUCCUAGAUUCAAAUCAGAUUUGUCAAGCCCUGGUAUAGGAAACUAAAGAAAAAUGGAUGGUGGAAUAUUGUUAUAAUUUCCCCUUUAAAAAACCCAAAAACCAAACCGUAUUGGGGUGUAAUGGUAAAUGUCUUAUUAAAGGGACACUAUAGUCACCAGAACAACUACAGCUUAAUGUAUUUGUUCUGAUGUGUAUAGUAUGUCCCUGCAGGCAUUGUAAUCUAAACACUGCAGCAGCUCGUUCAACACCUCCAAUGGCUCUGCAUAAAGGUGUUGAACUUUCCUAUAUGGAUGUAUUGAUUCAAUGGAUCUCUAUGAGGAAAUGCUAAUUGUCACAGCAUAUUGCAGCGCAUGCGCAAUAGCCUCCCAAUGCUUUUCUAUGAUCUCAGCCAAGAAGGCGGGGCCAGCCACAAAGAGACGUGCCUUUUCUGAAAGAGAGUGCUUGUCAACUGUGCUGCCAUUAUGUGAAUCCUAUGUGUUGUCUUGAUAUGGAAAUGUAAAAAUAUAUACAUAUAUAUUGGUUUGUUUGUUAUUUUUGUUCACCCCACCAUUAAAAGACCACUAUAGGCACCCAGACCACUUCAGCUUAAAGGACCACUCUAGGCACCCAGACCACUUCAGCUUAAUGAAUUGGUCUGGGUGCCUGGUCCAACUAGGUUAACCCAUUUUUUUUUAUAAACAUAGCAGUUUCAGAGAAACUGCUAUGUUUAUAAAUGGGUUAAGCCUUCCCCCAAUUCCUCUAGUGGCUGUCUCAUUGACAGCCGCUAGAGGCGCUUGCGUGAUUCUCACUGUGAAAAUCACAGUGAGAGCAUGCAAGCGUCCAUAGGAAAGCAUUAAUAAUGCUUUCCUAGGCGACCAGCUGAAUGCGCGCGCAGCUAGCCGACGAGGAGGAACGGAAGAGGAUCGGAGGUAAAGAGCUCCCCGCCCAGCGCUGGAAAAAGGUAAGUUUUACCCCUUUUCCCCUUUCCAGAGCCGGGCGGGAGAGGGUCCCUGAGGUUGGGGGCACCCUCAGGGCACUAUAGUGCCAGGAAAACGAGUAUGUUUUCCUGGCACUAUAGUGGUCCUUUAAUGAAGUGAUCUGGGUGCCUGGUCCAGCUAGGGUUAACCCUUUUGUUUUAUAAACAUAGCACUUUCAGAGAAACUGCUAUGUUUACACUGAUUAAUCCAGCCUCUAGUGGCUGUCUCAUUGAAAAUCACAGUGAGAAGACGCCAGCAUCCAUAGGAAAGCAUUGUAAAUGCUUUCCUAUGAACUAGCUGAAUGCACGCGCGGCUCCUGACGCGCAUGCGCAUUCAGCCUAUGACGUCGCUAGGGAGGAGGAGGUGCUGGAGAAAGGUAAGAUUUUAACCCCUUCCUCUCCCCAGAGCCCGGCGGGAGGGGGACCCUGAGGGUGGGGGCACAAGUAUGUUUUCCUGGCACUAUAGUGGACCUUUAACCUUGAUUCAAAGCAGUCUUUCAGAAUAAUUAAUUGAUCUUUUAACUAUAUAUAUUCUUUCUGCAUACCUUUCUAUCACCUAAUGAAAUAUCUCAUUUUGUUGCAGACGUGCAGCCUUUGAUGAUUCUAAAAAAUGGGGUAUGCUGUUUCUGGUAAAUCAGCUUUUCAAGAUUUACUUCAAGGUAUGCUUUCAGAAGGCACAGUGGGUCUAUUUCUCUAUGGUAAUUGCUAAGUUUCCUCUCAACUAUUUUUUAUUUCUUUGCAUUGUUAACAGAUCAACAAACUUCACUUAUGCAAACCUUUAAUUCGAGCGAUCGACAGUUCCAAUUUUAGAGAUGAAUACACCAUGGCACAGCGGGUUACUUAUAAGUACUACGUUGGCCGCAAAGCUAUGUUUGACAGUGAUUUUAAGAAAGGUAUGUGAGUCAACGCCUAAAAAUGACAAGGUUAUACAUAUAUUAUUUUGCUGUAAUGUGUAUUUUAGUCUAAGGCUCUGUCAGAGUGUGUUUCCAUUUUGUGAUGUCUUCUGUGCAGUACUUUGUUUUAUAAAAGUCUGUAAGACACUGUUAACUAGGCUCAGGAUUGAGAUUCAGUUUAGUGCAUCAUACUACAUAGACAUGUACUACAACCAUCUAUACUGCAAGCCAUGGAUUGGUUUAUUUAUGCCAUUAAGUGACAAGGGUAGGACUGAGCCGCUGGUAUAUGAAGAUACUGUUACUCUAUGAGGUUAUUAGAAGUCUAUUUAGAUUCUGUUGAGUAUUUACUGUGUCAUAUUUUAUAUAAUUUUAUUUUUAUUUUCUCUCUCUAGCUGAGGAAUACCUCUCCUUUGCCUUUCUUAACUGCCAUCAAUUAAGUCAAAAGAAUAAAAGAAUGAUUCUGAUUUACUUAUUGCCAGUAAAAAUGCUGCUGGUACGUUAACAGAUAUAUCAUGGUUAAUUUAGAACUAUUUUAUUAUCAAUUGCUUAUUUUCCAUUUUGUUUGGAAUAUCAAAAUAGUCAGUCUAAGGACCAAACCAAGAGCACCACAUUGCUUUUGGUGUUUGUAUCUUAUUGAUUAUUCUCCUUCUCACCGUUGCCAUGUGCCUUUAUUCAUAUUUAUAUGGUCUUUUUUGCACUGGAUCUCAGUUCUCCUUUGCCCCUGAUGUCUCUAUUUUGCUAUUCUGUUGGACUCCUUUGACUGAAGAAUUGUGAGUAAAUUAGCUUAACUGAAAUUGAACUUUGCUCAAGGACCGCAUACGGGAUCUGUGUAUUAAAGCCAGGCAGUGCAUGGCUUUAAUGCCCAGGGACGCCAUAGACUGUCAUGACAUAAGGUUUCCAGCGGGGUUAAAUCCCUCUUAGUACCAAGGAGCCCCAGAUAUCAAUUGAUACCUGAAGCUCCUCUAUAUCUGUUUUAGUGGCCCCAGAUUAGUAGAUGAAUUGUGUACAGUGCUUAAAGUGAGUGCUGCACACAGACCUUUGAAUCAAUGUGAAAAACGUGAUUGUUCAGUUGUGAUUAUCUCAGAAUCCUGGAAUAUUUCUGAUCUUGCUCCACACAAAGGGAGACCCAUGGUUCCUGAAAAGAACAUGCCGACAGUGGUGGGCUGUGCCUGCUGUCCAGCAACAAUCACUGUGUGUUUGGCAGGGACAACAUUGAGAAUCUUCAGCAGGAGAGGGAAAUAUCCCUCUCAUGCUGUGAAUUCAUUGUGCAGCAUCUCUGUAAUUUGGAAAAUCUCUCUGCUGAUGCCAGUGCUGACAUCAGCAGAGGGAAACCCUCUGAGGUAGGGUUAGAGUUAGGUUAGGGUUGCAUUAAAUUUUGUGUUAGGAGUAUGGUUAGGGGUUUGUGUUAGGUUUGAAAAUCGUGCCAAUGCUUGUCGCUGUUCAAGUAUGUUGACACAGAUUGUGUCACUUUACCAAAUUGCCUCCCUAGUAAAUAUGCAAAGAUUCAUGUAAAGUUAGGACUUGUCGGUUAUUCUACCCUACAAGUCCUUUAAACACCUGUAAAAAAAGUAUACAUGUGGCAGAUCUACUUUCUACAAAUAUAUGCUAUGCCAUGCCAGCAUGCCAAAUUCUGCAAAGUAUUAUCUUUAACCCCUUAAGGACCAAACUUCUGAAAUAAAAGGGAAUCAUGACAUGUCAGACAUGUCAUGUGUCCUUAAGGGGUUAAAGCCAUUAUUCACUUUAUAAAAUAUUUUGUUCUAUAACUUCUAAAACUGUAUCGAAAUCCUAGACAUAUUGUGCAUUAAACGGUCAGGACUAAUUAGUGCGUCUACUUUAAAUUAUUUUCCUUUUGCUGCACUUGUUGUGUAGAAAACAUGUUGUUGGAUUUUUCUCUAUUUAAAAAAAAAAAAAUUUUUUUUUUUUUUUUUAUUAUUAUUUAAAGGAACACUAUAGGGUCAGGAACACAAACAUGUAUUCCUGACCCUAUAGUGUUAAAACCACCAUUUAGGUGACUUGCCCCCCUUAAAAAGUUAGAAAACUUACCUUACUUCAAGGGCCGCGCGGGUCCACUGUGCAGGCUCUGCCCUGAUCCGCUUCUUGUUGACACCAUCAGAAUUUAGGAUUUCAGCCUAUCCAAUGCUUUCCCGUAAGGAAAGCUUUGGUUUGGUUGAAAUAUGACACGGUGACAGGGGUGGGUCCUAAUGCCGACUUGGCCAAUCAGCACGUCCUCAUAGAAUUUAAUUGAAUAAAUGCAUCUCUAUGAGGAAAGUUCAGUGUCUCCAUGCAGAGUACAGCACAGCCUCAGGAAGCUCCCCCAUUGUCCAUCUGAGGAGUGGCCACUGGAGGUGUCCAUAAGGGGCAAUGUAAACAUUUUUCUUUUCUCUGGAAAGGCAGUGUUUACAUGAAAAUGCUGGCAGGGAAUGAUUAUACUUACCAGAACAACUACAUUAAGCUGUGCUGACUAUAGUGUCCCUUUAAGGUUGUAUUGUGAUUAUAAAACAAUUCAACUCUAAAUUGGCCACUUUAAUUAGACCAGCAGAUGAGACAGUGGCUUAAUCAGUAAUCUGUCGAGCCAUGUUUUACCACCAAAAUAGGUCAUUCUCGCUACCUUGUAGCUGCAGUACCCAAGCACAUAUUCUUGUGCAUGCCUUGUCAUUGAAAAAAUAAUGUAUCCCUCUUUUUCUUUCUUUCAUAUUCAUUUUUAUCAGGGAAGUAGUCCAUGGUGUUUGCAUUUUGAUUUAUUUUGUCUCUCAGAACUUAAAUCUUAUAGCUUAACCUGUCCAUCCACAGGGUCACAUGCCAUCUCUUCAGCUUUUGAAAAAGUAUGACCUGAUGCAAUUUGCAGAAGUUACAAAGUCUGUCAGGUAUUUCUAAUUCAAUAUCUAUUUGAAAAUAAUGAACUAUGUUCGAGAUAAUAAAUUCCACAGUCCCAGAACUGUGAUUUGCUUAAUGUAUAGCUUAGUGAAUUUCCACACAUAACAUUUUCUUAAUUUUUUAAAAUCAGGAUGUAAUGACAAUCCACUUACAAGGGUUGAGAGACUCCGCAAGUGAAUGUCAGUUGUGGAUAAUCUCAAAAAAGGAUAUUUACAAAUGUACAAAUUGUAUAAGUAUACGUAUCUAACCCAUAGAAUAAACCAAGUAAGUGGGUUAAUCUCAUAAGAGCAGACAUUAGGCUGUUAGUGUAGGACCUGCCAAAGAUGGGGUACAUUGACGUUGUGGCAGGCUUAUGCAAUGUAUGAUCAUAUAAUGUAACUAAACCCCCAUUAUUUUUGCCUAGAUUAGGUGGUUUAAAAAAAAUAAAAAUAAAAAUAAAAUCUUUCAACAUUGAAGUUGCUGUUUAGUGGAUAGGUGAGUGCUCUGGAUCUUGUGUAUUGUAUUAUUUGGCCCCCAGCAGCACCCCCAUUUAUGCAUGUUCAGGUGAGUGUAGCCAACCCCCUCUUGUUUCAUAUAUAUAUAGCAGUCUAUUACUGAUCUGUGUGAUUUAGACUUUUCUACUCAUAUGCGUACAAAGAUCCUAUUUUCAGCUAUAGACCUAAUUGAUUAAAGUCUGAAACUCUGUUAUGUAGAAAGCAUUAUAAUCUGAGUAACUUGAGGUUUAGCCCCUUGGCUUCUGUAAUACUUAUUUUUGACCUUUCACUUCUUGGUUUAUUCUAUGGGUUAGAUACGUAUACUUAUAGAAUUUGUAAAUAUCCUUUUUUGAGAUUAUCCCCAGCUGACAUUCACUUGUGCAGUCUCUCCAUCCUUGCAAGUGGAUUGUCAUUACAUCCUUAUAUAUCUAACAGGGGUUAAGCCCCAAGACACCACUGGAGUGUCUGUCCGGUGUUGCAGUCUUUAAGCUGGGAGGCCAGUUUUUAUGAACCUCCAUAGCCUAGUUACUGCUCUCACUUUAAUUUUUUUAAAGCUUCAUAUGCCCAAAGCUCAGAUGUGGCUCGUAAGAAUAAUAGGUUAUUGGUUUGUGUCACCAAAUAAGUAAUCUUUGGGAUUGUGUGCUUUCUGUCUCUUGCAGUGAAGGCAAUCUUCUCUUACUGACAGAGACUUUGGCCAAACAAGAGACAUUCUUCAUUCGGUGCGGCAUCUCUUUGAUUCUGGAGAAACUUAAAAUCAUCACAUACAGGAAUCUUUUUAAGAAAGUGUAAGUUAAGAACGUAUGCAUGGUAAACAAAUACCAUGAGGUGGGUUGUAGAACUAACUGGUUCAAGGUCAAAUUUUUCAUCCUUAUUUUACAACAGUAGGUAGGACCUAAUGUCAUGAACAGUGACCAGUGUCUUGCAUUAAUUAGGUGAGCCUCUAUAUAUUUUACCUCCAACCACAAUGGGAUAGGCGAUGUAAGUAAACUUAAACAUGAUUUUAAUGUACAUGGAAAAAUAAUCAAACGGAGAUAAAAGCAUGGGAGCAAAAUAAGGCUGAAAAGUAGAUACAGUUAAACAGAGAUAUGUAAACAUUUCUAGAUAUGAAAACGUGGUUGAAUGAAGGAGUGUUGUGUGAAAAUAAAUAGUGCUUGAAUGGUUUAAUUAGAGAAGAAAUUUCAAUGGAAAAGGAAAUACUAGAGAAGCAGUAGGAUUGGACGCAUAGUGGGUAUGAGGGAAAAAUGUAAAGUGAAUAAGACUAACCCUAGCUAAACUAAAGUUAUGUGUAAAGGCAAGAAGAUUGGAUCAGUAUUUUACCUAGUGCAAGUUAACAGUGCUUUAACCUCAUUUGAACUUGGAAUAAACAAACAUCGAGCCGAUUGGGAGUACUUAACAAGUAACUUAAAAUGUACACUUAUAUACAGUGAUUUGAUUAGCGAGUAUACUUAGCAUUAUAUUGUAUGCUUUACAGGUAUUUGCUACUGAAAACCCACCAACUUUCCCUAGAUGCAUUUUUGAUUGCCCUAAAAUUUAUGAAGGUGGAAGACGUGGAUCUUGACGAAGUGCAGUGUAUUAUAGCUAAUCUAAUUUAUAUGGUAUGUAACUAUAUCUUAUUUUAUUCUCUGGUGUUUACAUGGUUUUCGCUAUGUUAAUAUUGCUGUUGAUGUUGCACACUCUUACUUACCUUCCCAGCAGUUCCCUUCAGCUCGCGAUGUUUAACUCUUGCAAGUCCUACGGCCGUCAGAGCGUUGCCACGGGUUUCCAUAGCAACGCUUCGCGCGGCACACAGGCCACAAGAGUCAGACAGAGGAGCUAAAGGGACCUGCUGGUAAGGUAAGUAAGAGAGUUGCUGGGCCCCCCAGGUAAUGCCAUAGCCCCCCUCCCUGGCCAGGUAAGAAACAGGGAAAUAUUUAAAAUGUCCCUGCCCCCCACCCCAUUUUACACACAUUAAAUACCUACACAUACACACUCUGCAUUCAUUAUAUACACACUCUGCAUUCAUUAUAUACACACUCUGCAUUCAUUAUAUACACACUCUACACCAGGGGUAGUCAACCUUUUAAUACGUACCGCCCACUUUUGUAUCUUUGUUGAUGGUAAAAUUUCCUUGCCGCCCACCAGUACCGCGGUAACUAAUUUUAUUGCGCAAGUGUGAUUUAUUUUUUUAUUAUUAUUUAUUAUUUUUUUGAAAGGAGCGGUUUUUAUUUAAAAUAUGUACUUAAAUGUAUCUAUUUUUUUCCUUUUUUCUAUUUUCUAUUCUACUUUUUUUUUCUAUGUGUGUCUGUGAGGUGCUGUGUGUGUGUAGGGUGCUGUGCAUGUGUGAAGGGGCAGAGUGUGGCUGUGGGAGGGCAGUGUGUGUGUUUAGGGGGCUGUGUAUGUGAUGGCUGUAGUGUGUCUGAGAGGUGUAGUGUGUGUUUGUGUGUGUGUAGGUUGAUGAGAGGUGAAAACCUAUCUUAAUAUCUCCCCCUUCCUUCUUCUUACCUUUUACCAGGUAGUGGGGACAUAAUGCUGCCAUCCCUGGUGGUCCAGUGGUGGCAUGUUCACUAUAGCCUGCAGCUCCUCCGGCUGCAGGCUGAUUCUCCUGUGCUCCCGCAAGCACAGCAUUGUAUCGGAGGGUUGCCAGGGUAACGCACGGCACAGCUGUGACCAGCCUGCUCAUGGGAGGAACACAGAUCUUCCCUACUGGCCUUGGUUUGCGGCCAUCGAGGCCCACUGGGCUUUUUCUGCAGAACCCACCACCACCCACCUGAAAUCCCAAACUGCCCACCAGUGGGCGGUACGGACCAGGUUGACUACCCCUGCACUACAUAAACACACUGCAUUCACUAUACACACACAUACUACACACUGCAUUCACUAUACACACAGUAUACACACUCUGCAUUCAUUAUACACACACACUACACAAACACUGCAUUCACUAUUCACACACACUACGCAAACACACACUCUGCAUUCAUAAUACACGCACUACACAAACACACUGCAUUCACUAUACACACACACUACACAAACACACACACUGCACCCACUACACAAACAUACACUGCAUCCACUACACACACAACAUAACAAAUUCUGACCAGCAUGUAUAUUUGUGCAUUAACCUCAAUAAAAAAAAAAUAAUUGCAAAAAAAUAAAUAAUAAACAUGUUCAGUUAACAACAGAUUUGUGUAGAAAUAGUUUAUUUUUUCAAAAUGGUAAAUGUACAGAAUAUCGGUAUCUGUAAAUUAUCGGCUAUUGCCCUGAAAGUUCACCGAUUAUCGGUAUCGGCUCUAAAAAAUCAAUAUCGAUCGAUCCCUUGUUCAAACGAUGUUCUGCUCACUUAAAGGGAAUGACUGCUGCAGGUACUGCACCAUGCAAAAGGAAAGAAAAACGAUUUGCUUGCUGCCUGGUGUGUUUCUGCAAAAAGUCUUUCAUUUUGGAUUAGUGUAGAUAUAGUGUGGAAGAUUCUGGUUGAGUUUAACUACCUUUUUGGUGAUGUAUAUCGUCAUUUUACACUGUUCCCAUAGUUACCCAUACUUUAUUAUUUCAUUUAUACUGCUUUCAUUGGGGGGAAAAAUAUGAAUCUUUAUUUUUUUAUUUUUUUAUAAAGAACUCCACCCCCCGUUACAUUUGAAUAGAUUUAAAAUUUAGGUAUAAAGGUUGAAUAUUUGCUUUUUCAGUAUAUUUAAGUGCUUUAUUAUUAUUUUAUUUUUUAUAUAGGCUUUGAUUCAGUAAGCUUUCCAAAUGAUUCAACACUAUUAGAAAAACUUCCAAAUGGCUUAUCUGCAGAAAUCCACAUACACUUUAAUCGUGACUUUUGUAGAUUUUUUUUUGUAGAUCACUUGAAAACUUUUCUAACAGUAUUAAAUCAUUUGGAAGGUUUAUUAAGUGAAGGCCUAAGUUAGAUACAGGUUAUGCUAAAAUGUUUAAACUCUCUGCAGUUUGUUUUAUUUUCGAAUACACAGCCUGUCAAAGUAUUAAAAUUUGUUAAAAUUGCUGUAAUAAAUACAAUGUGCGCAUAUGCCACUUCUCACAUAGAUGCCCAAGCUCACAAACAUGCCCAUCAUCAUCGACCUAAAACUUGCCACAACGUGGAAAUGCAAUGGAAGUAAUUAAGUUGGCUUUUUAAAAAUGAAUUUACUGGGAGGGAACCGUCGCGUUUGUAGAAUGGUCCGUUCCGUUUCAAGCACCAUAACAACUGCAGCAUACUUUGUGUCAGAGAGGCAGCCACUAUAAACAAAGAGAUUUUUUUUUAUUAUUUUUUUUUUUUUAUAAUAACCCAUUUGAUAUGAUUGAUUUUUUUUAUUUUUAGUUUUUUGCAUGUAGUUUUAAAUAUCUAUUGAACUUUAAAAUUUAGGAUGGUGGUGGUGUAGGAGGUGUAAUAGCAAUGGAAGUUCUUAUGGAAGUAUUUUAAUAUAUGAACAAUUGUUUUCCAUUUUUUAGGGUCACAUUAAAGGGUACAUAUCUCAUCAACAUCAAAAACUUGUGGUCAGCAAACAGAACCCUUUCCCACCGUUAUCGACAGUCUGCUAGUUGAUGAUGUGUAUUUGUUCAGUGAUGGAAUUUUCUACUACACAACCUUUCAGCAGUUUGAACCAGCUCACAAAUAAGCAUCAUUUGUCAAUCUUUUGGAUGUGUGUUAAAUAAAGUUAUUUUUUUUUAUUAUACACUUGGAUGUAUUUUUAUGUUAUGUUGAGCAUUGCCAAACUUUCACUAUGAUUCAUUCAGUUUCACUAUGAUGAAUUAAAUGUGACUUAAUUAUUCUGGGAUAAGAUCACUAAACACACCAAGUAAAAUGUUGCAUUGAUUUUGGUUACAGUGAUUUGAAAUGUAAUAUGUAUUUUUAGUGUGCGUAACUCUCUUAAAGUAUAUUUUAAAAGAGGAAGAUACGAGGAAACAAUAGGAGAAAAGUAAGUUUGGGGUGACAGAGCCAGUUUAAGUAAUAAAAUACAGCUUUUAAAUGUAUCACAUUCAGGACUAAGCACCGGUAUCCCCUUAAGAGCCAACGGCUGAACAAGCCCAAGAAUCUGGUCAAUUAGAUCCUAUAUUAAGAUGUCAUUUUGUAACAGCUGGCCACAAAGCUUCUAAUACUUAAUAAGUAGGGCAUUACUUGUCACAGAUGGCAAGCUGUAUGGACUGUAAGAAAUAGUAUUUUUUUAUUAAAGGAUUGAAUGAAUAAUGAUAAAUCAUAUUUAUUUUUUAUCUGCCAGAGAUUUAAAGGAACACUAUAGUCACCAGUACCAUUGCAGCUUAAUGUAGCUUAGUACCCUGUCCCUGCAGGAUUUUCAGUGUAAACACUGCCUUUUACAUUGCUGCCCAGGAACACCUCUGGUGGCAGUAACCCAGAUGGUCACUAGAGGUGCUUAAUUGAUUCAAUGUAUCUCAAUGGGGAGAUGCUGUUUAGCGCAGGGUUGAAUUUUGCCACACAUGUGCAAGAAAGCCUCCUAAGGCUUUCUUAUGGGAAAGCAUUGGAUUAGAUUAAAUCAGCAAGAUUGAUCUUCUCAGCCACAGAGGUGGGCCAGCCACAGUAAGACUGGUGCAGCGUGGGAGAAAAGAUAUGUUUAAAACCUUUUCAAAUCUGAGGGGGGCUGUGUAGAUAAAUAGUUAAACACUAUAGUGUAAGGAUAUUACAUGCUUGUAUUCCUGACACUAUAUUGUUCCUGUCCUUUAUAGAAAGCUGCAAUAAAUAAAGUGAGUUUGCUACAUAAUUUGCACUCAACAAUGACACCAGUUUUAGUGUUACAGCUGAAAUAGGAAAUAAAAUACAGCAUUCCAUAAACUAGCACUCCAAUUAAAUAUUAGAAUAAGAAUUGGCAAAUGUUUUACAAGCUUGAAUGCCUAUGUACAUAUUAUAACAUUAAUAAAGCCUCCUUAUGAGAGCUGGAGGAAUAAUACAUUUUCAGUCAUUCUUGUUUACCAUUAAAAUUGAACAAUUCAUGGCUUACUUGUGAAUAAGUGUUUACAUUACAAUUGUAUUUAUGGCAACAGAAAACAAACUGUAAAUAAUUGUUUAUUGAAAUGACAUUUGUUGUAUACUGUAUAUAAAAAAUGUAGAGUGCUCUUACAAAACCAUCUUUAUUAACCAUAAAAGAAUACAGUUUUAUUCCAUUUUUUUAACAUACUAUUUACUACAUUUCAUUGUUGCCUUCCCAGUUAUAAAUCAUUUCCAGUGUGUAUAUUUGUAUAAAUAUAUAUGUAUGAAUAUAUAUAUAUAUUUUUUUUUUUUCAUGUAUUAAUUGUAUUUAUAUAUACCAUGGUGUGUGUGUAUGUAUAGCAAAAUCCAAAUAGGUUAUGGUGGGGAAAAAUUGUGAUUGAAAACCCCUUCCACCUGAAGUCUGUGGAUAAUUAAUACAAUGUUAAACAAAAAUCUGCACACCAGUCAAGCCAUAAGACUUGCUCUUCCCACAGAAAUCCCAUAACUGCAGUGAUGUUACAACCGCAAAGGAUUCUGGAUGGACAUAUGCAAAUUAGUUUAACAAAGAAUCACAUUUUUGCCUCAUUCCAUUUUAAACAUGGAUUCAUUUUAAUCUGUGUUUGCUGUAUACAACAGCUUGAAACACAAUAUAGGAAAAGAUGCAAAACCAGUGAACCACUCAUGGACAGCUGUUUCGUUGUUAAUGCAACUCUUUAGCAUGAGGUUGGUUACUGAUUUCUGUGGGAAAAGCAAGUCUUAUGGCUUGAAUGGUGUGCAGAUUUUUGUUUAACAUUGUAUUAAUUAUAUAUAUAUUGCAAUACAUUUAAUGAUAAAUACACGUGAUAACGUAAAGCAUUUACAUUGAGCAGAGUCUCAAUAAGUAUAGGCUCAGGUCACACUAGCAUGUGUGUACUUUGGUGACACUGUCCCUCUUCCAAUUGAUGAUCUUGCAGAGGAGAUAUAAAUCGAGGGAAAAAAGAAAACUCCUAGUGCAGACUGAAAAAUUCAAGUGAAAAUAUGUGACCUAAAAAUCCCAGACUGCUCACCUGGUAUAAAGCCCUUGUAAUAGAGUAUUUGUGCCUAUAAAGGGGGUCACAAGCCCUUCAUACCAGUGUAUAUAUCGUUAAAUUUAUUGCACUAUAUUGUUUUUCCUUUUAUAGGAAGAACUUUCUUCCCCCCCCCCCCUCUUUUAGGGGUAAGUGUGUAUCUUAGCGCUCCACCAUACUCACUUGUGUGGGUUGUGUGACCACUCAAUUAGUGUAUCCUUUUUGCAUGUUAUUUUGUGUUAAGGAUGGGGAAACACAGGUGGUAGCAGCUUGAUCUAAUUUUGUCACUACACUUAUUCAAGCGCCUGUUUUUUCCCGAGAAUUUUCACAAAAUAAAUGUUUGUCACACUAUAAUAUACUGAUACUUUCACUGAGAAUGUCAUUCAGCCACAUAAUAUAUCUGGAGAUUUUGGUGAAUGAAAACACAUUUUGGGACAAGGUUGUUACAUUACCACCUCGCAUGAUCCCUGUUAGGAACCAUGUACCUCUGUACUUAGCAGCAGCAUAGCCACCACCAACAAUCUCAGAGUCAAUUGCGUUGGAUGAAAUGCUGCAAAACAUUCUAUUAGUUUGGGUCAUGUUAAGUGCAGAUUCACAGGUUUCUUUGUUAGUUUGUGUUGCAGGAAACUUAAAAGAAACCAGGCCAGAAAAAUCAUCAUCCGGGAAAUUAAAGACGCUAUGUAUACCAGAUUUACUUGGUAACAACACAUUCUCCGCAAAGUCCUUUUGAGGAAGACAAAUGGGGAGGACAUGCUUGUUGUAUUUAAUAUUUACUUGUAGUUUAAGGAGAGCUAGGUCAUUAUCUCCCGUCUUUUUCUCGUAACGCAAAUGUACUUGAUGAUCCAUCACAUUAAUGAUCUGUUUUCCUUUUUCAAAUGGUCCAAUCCCUGCACCUGUUAGAAAAGUAUUUUUAGAUAAAAAUAAAGUAUAUGAAUGCAAACCAAGCUUUUUU